AGGCGGGCGCGCCAGGUGCCCGCCGGGUGCGCGGCACUUUCUUACUUUUCUCGGUGCCAGAGAUCGCGGUGGCCGUGGGGGCCGGUUCGCUUUUGUUUUUGGGUGCGUUUGUUUGUUUUUUUACCUUUUCCUCUAUUUGCUGAAUCUCCACGACCCGGCUUUUUAUUUUUUAUUUUUUUGGCUUUUUAAUUUUUCUUUUUCGUCUUUCCGGACCACGAAUCCAAACAUUUUCCAAAGCAACAAAGAAAAGUUCGCACGCUGGCACCUUGGCCGGGACAGGCUGGCGCAGUUGGCCGGGUCCCCCUCCCUCCGACCCUUGACUCAACCUUGCAAGCAAGUGUAUGUGUGCCCCCCCUCCCGCCCCGGUAACUUCCAGAGCGAAUAACAAAUACCCAUAAAGUCCCCGUCGCGCAGCCCCUCCCCGCGGGCAGCGCAUUAUGCUGCUCGGGUGGGCGUCCCUGCUGCUGUGCGCGCUCCGCCUGCCCCUGGUCGCGGCCAGUCCCGCCGCGGCACCUGCCCAGGAUAAAGCCGGGCAGCCUCGGGCUGCUGCUGCUGCAGCGGCCGCCCAGCCCCGCCGGCCGCAGGGGGAGGAGGCGCAGGAACCGGCCGAGCCUCCCCAGCACCCGCACCCCUGGGCACUGCAGCGCAGGAGCCGCGGGCUCGUGCAGAACAUCGACCAAAUCUACUCCGGCGGCGGCAAAGUGGGCUACCUCGUCUACGCGGGCGGCCGGAGGUUCCUCCUAGACUUGGAACGGGAUGAUUCGGUGGGCGCUGCUGGCUUGGUUCCCGCAAAAGGCAGGCUGAGCGCGAGCCGGCGCCACCAGGGGCACUGCUUCUACCGGGGCACGGUGGACGGCAGUCCCCGCUCCCUGGCGGUGUUCGAUCUGUGUGGGGGUCUCGACGGCUUCUUCGCGGUCAAGCAUGCACGCUACACCCUAAAGCCGCUGCUGCGCGGACCCUGGGCGGAGGUGGAGACCGGACGUGUGUACGGGGAUGGUUCCGCGCCGGUCCUGCACGUCUACACCCGCGAAGGCUUCAGCUUUGAGGCCCUACCGCCGCGCACCAGCUGCGAGACCCCGGCUUCCCCGCCGGGGCCGCCUGAGCGCGCCCCAGCACGCAGCAGCCCGGAUCGACGCUGGGCGCUGGCCCAGUACUUCCAGGACCAGAGGGCUCCCUCCUCGGAUGGGGUCCAGGGACCACAGACGUGGUGGAGACGACGGCGCCGCUCCAUCUCCCGGGCCCGCCAGGUGGAGCUGCUCCUGGUGGCCGAUGCGUCCAUGGCACGCAUGUAUGGCCGGGGCCUGCAGCAUUACCUGCUGACCCUGGCCUCCAUCGCCAACCGGCUGUACAGCCAUGCCAGCAUAGAGAACCACAUCCGCCUCACCGUGGUCAAGGUGGUGGUGCUAGGGGACAAGGAUAAGAGCCUGGAGGUAAACAAGAACGCGGCCACGACACUCAAGAACUUUUGUAAGUGGCAGCAUCAGCAUAACCAGCUAGGAGACGACCAUGAGGAGCACUACGAUGCGGCCAUCCUGUUUACUCGGGAGGAUUUAUGCGGGCAUCAUUCAUGUGACACCUUGGGAAUGGCAGACGUGGGGACCAUAUGUUCUCCGGAGCGCAGCUGUGCUGUUAUUGAAGAUGAUGGCCUGCACGCAGCUUUCACCGUGGCUCACGAAAUUGGACAUCUACUUGGUCUCUCCCAUGAUGACUCCAAAUUCUGUGAAGAGAACUUUGGUUCCACUGAAGAUAAACGUUUAAUGUCUUCCAUCCUAACCAGCAUCGAUGCAUCUAAGCCCUGGUCUAAAUGCACCUCAGCCACCAUCACAGAAUUCCUGGAUGAUGGCCAUGGGAACUGUUUGCUGGAUCUACCAAGAAAGCAGAUUCUGGGCCCUGAAGAGCUGCCGGGACAGACCUACGAUGCCACCCAGCAGUGCAACCUGACGUUCGGGCCUGAGUACUCGGUGUGCCCUGGCAUGGACGUGUGCGCGCGCCUGUGGUGCGCUGUGGUGCGCCAGGGCCAGAUGGUGUGUCUGACCAAGAAGCUGCCCGCCGUUGAGGGGACCCCGUGUGGAAAAGGGAGGAUCUGCCUGCAGGGCAAGUGUGUGGACAAAACGAAGAAAAAGUAUUAUUCAACAUCAAGUCACGGCAACUGGGGGUCCUGGGGGUCUUGGGGGCAGUGUUCUCGCUCAUGUGGGGGAGGAGUCCAGUUCGCCUAUCGUCACUGCAAUAACCCGGCACCCAGAAACAAUGGCCGCUACUGCACAGGAAAGAGAGCAAUCUACCGCUCCUGUAGUGUCGUUCCCUGCCCGCCCAACGGCAAAUCUUUUCGUCAUGAGCAAUGUGAGGCUAAAAAUGGAUAUCAGUCUGAUACAAAAGGAGUCAAAACAUUUGUGGAAUGGGUUCCUAAAUAUGCAGGCGUCCUGCCGGGGGAUGUGUGCAAACUGACCUGCCGAGCUAAGGGCACCGGCUACUAUGUGGUGUUUUCUCCAAAGGUGACUGAUGGAACCGAGUGUAGACCCUACAGUAAUUCGGUCUGUGUCCGGGGGAGGUGUGUGCGCACUGGCUGUGAUGGUAUCAUUGGCUCCAAGCUGCAGUACGACAAGUGUGGAAUCUGUGGAGGAGACAACUCCAGUUGUACAAAGGUUGUUGGAACCUUCAAUAAAAAAAGCAAGGGUUACACUGACGUCGUAAAGAUUCCCGAAGGGGCAACCCACAUAAAAGUCCGACAGUUCAAAGCCAAAGACCAGACACGAUUCACUGCCUACUUGGCCCUGAAGAAGAAAAACGGUGAGUACCUGAUCAAUGGAAAGUAUAUGAUCUCCACCUCAGAAACAAUCGUGGACAUCAAUGGGACGGUCAUGAACUACAGCGGCUGGAGCCACCGGGAUGAUUUCUUGCAUGGCAUGGGCUACUCGGCCACGAAGGAAAUCCUAAUCGUGCAGAUUCUUGCGACAGACCCGACAAAGGCAUUAGAUGUCCGUUAUAGUUUUUUUGUUCCCAAUAAGUACACUCAAAAAGUCAACUCCAUCACUGGCCACGGCAGCAAUAAGGUGGGUUCCCACCCUGCACAGCUGCAGUGGGUGACAGGCCCCUGGCUGGCCUGCUCCAGGACCUGUGACACGGGCUGGCACACCAGGACAGUGCAGUGUCAGGACGGAAACCGGAAGUUAGCCAAGGGUUGUCUUCUCUCUCAGAGGCCUUCAGCGUUUAAGCAAUGUUUGCUGAAGAAAUGUUAGCCAGUAGUUAUGAGCGGAUGCAGAGAUAACUGGAGGAUUCGUCACCAUGGUGGUGAAAGAGAAGUCCACCCAAGCAAAGAAAGUCACACUUCGGUGUCAUUGUCAACAGGAGUCCAAUUCUGGGCAGAAUCUUCUCCCUGUGACCAAAUGAAGAUGAGCUGCUUCAUGUGACAGUGGUGACCUUGGAGUACAGAAGGACUUGGAAGCCAUUGAACAUCCCCCAGCCCACAAGAAUCAAAAAACCAUGAGGAAUGUAGAAGCCGGGGACAUUUGAAGAUGGCAGUACAGUCUCUCCUUGUCAUCUACCUCUUAUAGAAUGCCUUCAAAGGCAUUGUAAUCAUUUUCACCCAUAAUACACAGUAGCUUAUUUUUACUGUUUGUAAAUACAUUGUCCCUUGGUAUGUCACUUUAUAUCACUUGGUUCUAUUAAAUAUAUAUAUAUUUCUAUAAAAAAAAAUGUUUGACCAAAGUAGGUCUGCAGCUAUUUCAACUCCUUCCAGUUUUCCAGAAAGAGCUGUGGAUGUUUUACUGGAAAUUAAGAACUCGCUGCUGUUUUAAUAAGAUUUAGUACACUUUCAGACUACAGGAGAUGACACUUUAGUCAGAAACCAUUUUGACCACAAGCAUCUUCUGAGAAAUUCUGAAAACAAGAAGGAUCUCAGUGUAUUUCAUCCUUUCAAUACCUACGCCAGGUCCAUUUCUUUAAAUCUUUGACUGCCUGAAUUUGUUCAAGCAGGAAACCAAAUCCAUGCAUUAUUUGGCUGUAGAAGUAGAGUUGGCAUGUGUGUGUGAUCAGUAUUCAAGAGUCUAAAAAUUAGUUUCCUUAUGUUGGAUUUUAAAAACCAUGUUUUCCAUUUGUAUGUUCAUGACUGUUUUCCCUUCCUGUGGCUGGUAUCUCAUACCUCUCAAGGGGUAUGAGUAAAAUACAUAGUAAACACACAGCCAAUUUCUAUCACACUCAACACUGGUAUACCUCUUACCAGCAAGCCUUUAAAAUGUACUUGUUUUGCUUGUUUGUUUGUUUUGUUCAAGCAUUCUGUAAGACCUAAAUGUUCUGUACUUCUGGUUGACCUAGUUUAAUAGGACUAUUAAAGAUUGCUUCGUCGUUAGCCACAUCUCGAGUGGUGACAUUCAUGUGGCUAGUAAAAAAAAAAAAAAGUGGUUAACACCAAUAAGACUGUUUCCACACUACAGGCAAUUAUGCCUUGUUUUUUUAACCCAAGUUUACUGAUACUGUGCUUAAGAUUUUUGCCAGUUGGAAAGAUUUAGCUGUACCAGUAAGUGUUGGAGUGAAGAAAUGUGAUUUUUGUGAAGUUGAUUGCUUUUAUCUCCAUAAUCUAAGUAGGUUCUAAGUUUUAAUAGUUAGACUUGGAAAUUUCUUGCAAUCACAUGCACACAAAUCUGGUUUUAGACAGUAGACUGCUUCCGUCUAUCCCAUAGCUCAGAAAAUCUAACAUGGUUCUUUUCAUUGGAAUUUGUUUUCCUUUGUGAAACAUCACAGAACCAAUUGUUUUUUAUAAAGUUUUAUAAUAAUCAUACCAAAUGUGCCUAUUGUUAAAGAUUUGCAUAUGAGGAUGUUAGGGGACUAUUGUUCGAGUUCCCUUAAGCUCCUACGAGUUUGUUUUUAAGGUUUUUUUUAAUAUAAAAGAAUUAUGUAAUUGAUCUUGCUCUAUCAGUCAUUUCAGUAGGCCAGGAGAAUGGAUAUCUCACUGAUUUAAGUAUUACAAAUUUAUCUGAUAAAACAAAUAAUUACUAUUUUAUAAAAGUGAUCAUCAUCCUUUGGAUUCUCAUAGACUGACUUGAGUUUAGAUGGGGUCAUUUUUCCUUAAUAAAUUAUCAAUGAAAGAAACAAAGCCGACACACCGGUAACCUGCCUUUGAAUGGAGGUCACCAGCUAUCACAGGCAGAGAACAAAGCUAUUCCAAUCAGGCAGAAAUAUGAAAAGUCACACUAUUUGACUAUGCAGAGAGAAUAAAUAGGUAAGGCCAAUAUUCUUUUUCCCAAUUGUCAAAGUAACAAGUAAUUCAACUCUCACAAAUUAUUUUUAUCUUUUGUGGUUAUAAUGGACUGCAACAUUAAAACAUAAUUAAAAGCCAACAUGAUUGUCUCUUACUCUGCUUUCCUAUACUGUAUCCAUUGAUUAUUAAUAUGAUUUAUCAAUGAUUCAUUAUCCCUUCCCCCCAAAUAAUGAAGUUUACAUUUCUCAUGGAAGCAACCCUAGACAGUUUAGAACAAAUAAACCACUAUUCCAUGCUUUCAAGAGAAAGUGCUUUAGUUUGUUGUUUAAGUAUCAAUAGACUGACUGAGGAAUGUAUGUCUGAAUUCCUAUGAAAAAUGACAUAGACUGGAAGCUGAAAAUCAGAUAAAUGGAGCACCCAUUAGAUAUAAAGAAUGUGAGCGAAGGGAAACUCCUCCAUAAUACAAUCGAAUGCACCCAGUGUAAUGGGGGUCUCUGCUUUUCAUCUUUGCACAGUUGCAUCUUGAAUAAAAAGACCCUAAGAGUCAGGAUGCUGGGGAUUAUUUCCUCAAGAAUGUGUCUGCAAAUGCUCACAUUAGUAAGGAUCUAAUCUUACUUACAAAACUAAGCACUCCAAGUUAAGUAUCACUAAGUGCAAAGGGACCCCAGUAGGGAAUAGCGUUUCUUUCUUUUAGAACAGAAAAGUCAAAUUAAACCCCACUUUGUUGUUCAGUGGCAUAUGGGCAUUGUUGAAUUUAUUCAAUAAUUUCAACUUCCUUUGCCUUCCUGUGGAAACAGUUUUAUCCCAUUAACUAAGAAUUAAGGGAUUAAUCACAAUAAAAAAAAGUUGCAGCACUGAGAAAAAAGUAAUUUAUUGUUUUUGCAACUGGUAUGUGAAUUUGUGUGAUAAAAUUAUUUAUUCUUAUUUAACAAAAAUAUGUGCAAAUUCUUCUAUAUUUAAAAUGUUUUGCUGUUGUCUGACUUUUUAAUUUAUGCUUCAUGUUUGUGUAUAAAGUACACUUUGUGAGUUUACAUAAUAUACAGCACUGGUUGCUUUUGUAUUUUUUUUUUUUUUUACAGAAAGCUUUCUGUGUAAAACAGGUGUACAUGUAUAUAUUCCUCAUGUAUCCUUAUUCUGAUACUUUCAUUUUACUUUCUAAGGAAGCUUUUAAAUUUAAUCUUCUAUGACUAGCAGUGUUCAUUACUGUACCUAUGUCUUUUCAGUUCCAUGAAUAGUCAUUUCUCUGAGUCACAGCUAAGAAAACACUUAUUCAAGUGAAUUAAGUUCAAGUUUUAAAAUUGGGUACAUGGAUAGUCUGGACGCGUCACAUAGAAGUGAAAACACAGUAAAAAAAAAUCAGGUCCAUUCACUUUACUGAUAAACUUGGACAAGAAGCUGUUGAUGUAUUAUAUGAAAGUUGCAUACGUUCAUAUAAUGUUGUUAAUGGCAUCAAUGUAAAUAAACCCAAAUAUUGUUAUUUGCUGCUUUAGAAACACUCCUUAAAAUUAUCAUUUAGUCUGUAGUGUUUGUAGGAUGUUAUAAUUAAGAGUAAACAAUUGGUUUUAAAUGAUUCAAAUGUCAGUAGUCAUAACCAAUUCUACAAACAUGGGAUUUUCCUGUUGAUAGAUAGAGUGUGACUUUCUAUCACCACUAGUGAAUCUCACAAAUGAUAAUAGGACUUGGGACAGGUGAGGACACUUCUGAUAGCAUCAACUUGCCUCUGACUAAGACUUCACAGUCUGGUUACAGCAAUAGGGAAAAGCAUGCUUGGAUGUGCAAUUGACCAGAUCCAUCUCUGGAUUUGAUAUUUCUCCCACUGUGUUGUUAACAAGGUCAUUGUAAUAGUUUCAGUGAGAACAGCAACCAGAUUCCAAGUCUGGGGCUUGUACUAUGACUUAGAGUUCACUGUUUAUAACAUAAUGUUGAAUUUAAUAAUGACCAAUUCUUGCUAAUAGUUAAUGACUGAGUGUGAAAUUUUAUUGGCAUGAUUGGUAAAUAUUACUAGUCUAACUUGAGGUCAUACAAUGCCUUAUAUUUUCAAACAAUUCAACUCUACAAAAUAAACGAAGUGACCAUUAGUAUAAUAACAGUCACUCAAAGCGACAAUAGAAUCAGUUGCCAUGCCAGGGUGAUCUAUCAUUUAGACACACAGAAAAAGAACUUGUAUAUUUUCUAUUUUUUUCUCAUUUGCCAAUAACAUGUAGUUUUAGACUGUUAAACAGGUAGGUCAAUUUAACUCUAUAGUUCACUGGAAAAAAAGUAUCUUCCUUAUAGUUUCUGUGAGCAUGAACUACAGAAAUGAAUUCUCAAGUUAUAUCAUGAAACACUAAAGUCCAAUGGAUAAUUGUGUUCUGUUCAAUGAAUGCAUGGGCACAUGUUAAAAGAUGAACCCAUGCAUUAGGCAGUCAAAAAUGGGAAUAUAUUGAUACUUAGUGUUCUGAUUGGCAAAGAAUUCAAUCUGGCAGAUGUAUCAUAAUUCUCAGUGCAGGUUGUGUGGAAGAAAUAAAGGACUAUGUUGUUACAAGAUAUUGGUUUUAAAAGAGAAUAGGACUGAAAUAUACAUAUUAGUUAAACCAGUUCACUGUACUCACUUACUAUAUAGCACUUUAGCAGUAUGUUUGCUCUCUGUGGUCCUUUUAAUCCCAUUGUCCACCAGUCAGUCCAUGUAGACUGCCAAGGGUCAAUUGAAAAAAUAAAUAUUGGCCCAUCAUCCUACAAGGCACUGCCACUUCCAAGUGACCCAAAGUCUAACACUGUGAGCAAAACUGUGAUUUGUAAAUAAAACAGGGCAUUCUCCCUUUUCUUCAUUUUCCUUUGGCACAUCCAAUGAACAAUUGUAAUUUUCAUCAAGGUGCUACCAUCUUCAGUGACCAACUGUCAAUGCGGUGUUUCUGAGUGACUAUUUUAUUCCACAUGAUUUUUUAGCUUGCAAAAAAAAAAAAAAAAACAACUUAAGUAUUUAGUCAAGGCUGGGCACAACUUGAUAUUCCAAGUUGGAAAAUUGCAUCUAAUGGACAUUGUGGUCAGCAGUGAAUAAUGAUUUAAAUUCUCUGCACAUCCAACAUCAAAACUUGAAGAACACCAGGCUGGAGUAGUAGACGGAUAUGAAAUCAUGUUCAUCACUUGCUAAGCCAUCACCAUUUUUUUCAAAUAUCUCUCAAGCUUUUUUUUUUUUCUCUACACAAACUCCUGUGUAUAUUUGAUCUGCCAUUUUUUAAACUUUGCAAUAUUUUAUAUCCACAGUAAGCAUUUGGCAACUGUAUCUCAGUCGUUAACAAUUCACAUCAUAUGAGAAUCACUGUUUCCCAUUCUGAGUAUGUUUAGUUAGAAGCUCAUAUUGUGUGUGUGUUUGUGAGACUAGACUUUUGAUGAAUAAAUAUAUAUAUUGUCUCUGGAUGGUUAUUUUCGCAUUAUGCACUCAGGCAUGACAUAACUAGCUAGAGUUGACAAAUACUGCUCACAGUUUAGUAUGACUAAUACAUCAGAGGAAAUCAUAUUGAUGCUUUGUAAAUAGACUGCAGGUAACUAAACAGAUUGCAGAAACUUGUUCAACUGAACGUAAGCAGUAGCACAAACAAAUGAGUUCAGCACUAAUCUGUAAUUAAAGUCAGGUAAUAAGCCUAAGUAGGUAAAAUUGAAAUGUUUUCAAGGUAAAGUAGAAGACGGAGGAUUUGCAUGUUAUAUAUAAGCAGUAAAAUGUAGGCUAUUGAUUACCUUCCAUUUUCCAACAGGGAUAACAUUUUUCAGUAGGUAUAAUGUAGUCGAAAACCAAAAAUUGUGGAAAAUUAAGAUGGGUCCUGUUUAAAAUGUCUCCACAUCUUUGGCAAAUUUCAAACCUGAAUCAACUAUUGAAAGCGUUGCCAUGUCUUGUUGCCUGCAGCCUACAGCAGCUCUGUUAACCAGGUUCACCUCUCGAACUGAGUAAUUAGGGGGCAGCACUGUAAUAGUUUUCACUGAGGAACAGUAUCCUCUUUUGUAAAGCAUUUCCUGAUGUGUGACUUUAAACUGUAAAGUGAAGCAUUGGUCUUGUGGUUUCAUUGGGCAUAAUAAAUGUAAAUUGCAAACUAUGUCAGAGUUUGCACUGCAUAUAAUAUGUUUUAGAGUUGGAAAAUAUUGUCUUUUUCUUUUGAAUUUUCUGAUAACAGUGAAGGGCUGCGGGUCUUGUGGAAGCCCUAGGCCUUCUCUCAUUUGCAUUAUCCUUCAUCCUAUUCCUCAAAGAUGAUUAAUACUCUAGCUUAAUGUAUUAUGGAUUUAUUGCUGCAACUUCUUACCAGACUAUCACCUACUAAUCUUUCUAGAAUAAAAAUUCUGCUGUUAAAUUAGAAACAGCUACAUUAUCUUGCUGGUUCAUUUUUUAUUUUUUAAAGACAAAUGUGUUCUAGAUAUAAAAUUAAAGUGAGUAGGAAUUAAAAAAAUUGAAAGUCACUAAAAAAGCCAAUUUAUUUGCUAA